GUCCGUGGAAGUUUUAAGCACGGUCAAAAUGUUUUCAACGAGUUCUCGAUUCAUUUAUAUUUUAAUACCACUUAUUUCUCGAAUAUAAUUUUAACGAUUUUAGUUCUCAACGCUGCGUGUAUUUAUUAAAAACAAAAAUUCACAUAUUGUAAAGUUAAGCAAAAUAAUUCAUCAAACACGAAAAUAGAGAUAAACAGAAAAUAGAACGCGGAAUAAAAGGGGAUCAUAAAAUGACCAUCAGCUGUUUUGCAGAACACUUUCCAUUUUUUAAUUUGCCUGUUUUUGUAGAAUUGAUUGCCAAAGUUGAUCAUUGAUGGUUGUUUUGAAACUUUCCAUCUGUAAUACUAAGAACCAUGAAGAGACAUCUUCAAUUGAGCAUAAAACAACUUUCGGGUCGUUAUGCAGAUGGGAGUAUUUCGCCUCGCAUUGUCGUAGAUCACUCGUUGGAUGACGCUGUCAAAUUGAAACGUUUAAAUGCAUUUAUACGAUUAUCACCUGAAAAGGCCCUGCACCAAGCUAAGGAAUCUGAUCAUCGGUACGAGAAGAAAGCGCAAUUGGGCAUACUCGACGGAAUUCCUAUUGCCAUAAAAGAUAAUUUUUGUACUAAAGAAGUUACCACAACUUGUGCUUCACGAAUGCUUUCGAAUUUUGUACCACCUUUUAAUGCAACGGUUUGUGAGCGACUGACAAACGCCGGUGCUGUAAUAAUUGGGAAAACAAAUAUGGAUCAAUUCGCAAUGGGUUCCGGGACAGUAGACUCCAUUUUCGGGCCAUCAAAAAAUAUUUGGAGUAAUAAUUUUGUGGAUAAAUGGCACAUUGCCGGUGGAAGCUCUGGGGGUUCGGCAACUGCAGUUGCAGCAGGAAUAUGUUAUGCGGCUAUCGGAUCAGACACGGGUGGGUCCACACGCAAUCCUGCGGCAUACUGUGGCGUUGUUGGUUUGAAGCCCACGUAUGGCCUUAUUUCGCGUCAUGGUCUCAUCCCGUUGGUAAACUCCAUGGAUGUACCUGGUAUUUUUGCACGCAGUGUUGGUGAUUGCCUUGACGUACUAAACGCAAUUGCUGGUCCAGAUGACAGGGACUCCACUACAAUAAGAAAACCAUUUCGAAAAAUUGAUAUAGAAUUAUAUGAGGAACUUGAUCUUCGAAAUGUACGUAUUGGUAUACCAAAAGAAUAUCAUUGCGAAGGGAUCUCCAGUGAGGUAUUGGAAACAUGGAUGAAAGUGGCGGAUUUGCUGGAAGAUAAAGGAGCUUAUGUGCAGCAAGUUUCAUUACCGAACACUUCAGCAAGCAUAUUCGUAUACUCCAUAUUGAACCAGUGUGAAGUAGCGAGUAACAUGGCACGAUACGAUGGCAUCGAGUAUGGGCAUCGUGCCAAAAUUGAGAGCAGUACGGAAGAGUUAUAUGCGAAUACACGAGCCGAAGGUUUUAAUACGGUGGUAAAAACACGUAUUCUGACCGGAAAUUAUUUUUUGCUGCGCAAAAACUAUCAUAAGUACUUUGAAAAGGCACUGCGGGUCCGCAGAUUAAUUUCCGAAGACUUCAAGCGGGUGUUUGAAACUCCCAAAGAUAAUGAAAACAUAGUGGAUGUGUUGCUCACUCCCACCACAUUGACGGAUGCACCCUUAUAUAAUGAAUUUGUAUCGCAAAGUAACCGAGAUCAAUGUGCAGUGCAGGACUUUUGCACGCAACCUGCCAAUAUGGCCGGAAUACCAGCUAUUUCCAUACCAAUACGUCUUUCGAAACGUGGUCUCCCAAUUGGCCUGCAAUUGAUGAGUAAGGCACUAAACGAAGAAAUGUUACUACGGGUUGCUAAAUUUAUAGAGCAACAAGUAGAAUUCGACUGUUUGGCUAAUGAACAAAUUUAUGCUGCUCGCAGUUAACAGGGCUGCUGAUCACUUAGUUUCUGAGUUUACUUAGCACCGAAAUAUUUUUUUGUUUCAUAAGCAACUCCUUUAAGUAAGAAAUAAAUAUAAUAAAAUAUGUAUGUGCUCUAAUAUUCAGAUUUUAAUUAACUGUUACGUUUUGCUUGUAAAACAACAUAGUUAAUUAUUUUGUUGAACAAAGUUAUUAUUAGUUGUUUUGCUAAACCCACUAUUGGUAUACCAGAAUUAUUAUUUUGGAAGUCUAAUCAUAGUACUGUAUUAUGUUUAGCUUGCCUGUUGGAUUUUUGGCGUUGUAUUGUAUGGGACUGUAACGAAACUAAAAAGUAAUAGAGUUAUAAAAUGUU